GCUUGCAAAACCUCGAAUUUCUUGAAGGUUCAUGGUACUGUGGAGCAUGCCAUGUAUUUGGUCAUUCCCAUAAUUCUUGCAAUAAAGCAGUUGUAACACCGACUCCGGCGACGUCCCAACGGAAAUCUACACAGGUCACAAACAUGGAAAUUAUAAAAGGCGGUGUUAGAAAUAAGGAAGGGGAAGUGCAGCAGAAAAGAGGACGAGGGCCACGUAGCUUAUCCCAAAAAAGGUGGACCCCUAAAAAAGUUGAAAAAGGCGGCCUAAAUAAUUCCCUUCCUAGAACUGAAAUGUCCCAUCAGGAGGAACCCAAUACACUGCAGUCAAAAAAGGAUGUCAACCCUUUUCAAUUACUAAGUUCCCUGUCAGAAGAUUUUGGAGAAAGCUCAAAGGAUCCUUCACCCCUUCUAAAGGCGAAACGUGUCUCUGAGAUGUCUCCUCCCCCAGCUACCCCACCUAGCCCCUCUCAUCCCAGCACUUUAAACCAAGCCAUUGCUAUCACCCCUGAAUUCUCACUCAAAAAUAAUCCCGUUAUUCACAAAGAUUCACAAAAAAAUAUUGCUCUCCCACAAGCUGAAAAAGAUGGACCCAAACUGGAGAGAAUUCGACCCACCAUCCCCACCACCCAUAUCUCCAUCCUUAAGCCCAUUAUCCCUGUCACCAGAAUCCCCACCAAGAAUCCACAGAGUGAGAGCGGAGGCACCGCUGAUAUUCACGAGGCCGGCGCUGCCACUAUUACCGGACACUUCUCCCCUCUUUGUAGACUACAUCAUAACCAAGACCGAGGAGGAGAUAGCCGAGAUAUCGCUAAGCGAAGUGAAGAAAUUAAUAUUGGACCCCAAGAAUGUCGAACGGAAAUACAAGGAGCUUCUCAUGUAUGUCUCCGGAGCGGGGUUCUCUCCCGCACAUCUCCCUCAGAUACACGACGUAGAGUAUCUCCCGGAAGUGACUCAGAUAUCUUUGAAGUGGAUACUAAGGAGAGGGGACGAAGCCGAAGUCGUCGACAGGGAGUUGUUGCACAACUUCGGACCGUGGCUCGACCCUCAAGCUCUCCUACCCCAUCACAGAACACAAGUGCAAGUAAGACUCCAUCCUCUAACCUUCACAGCAAGAAACAACACAAAUGCCAUUCUACUAGCCAACAUACUACCCAUGCUCAAACAGAUGAAAGUUUGGGCGAGUUGGGAAGAGGUAAAAGGAGGAAGUGGCCUACGGGAGGCCGAAGUCAUUCUCAAGCCUCAAAGAGACAUCUGGAUAUAUCCCGAGACGGAGGAGGCUGUCCUCCCAUGGCGCAUGGAGGAGAGUGCGGAACUUCGGCGACUGAAACGCCAACCUCACCUUCCAUGUAAUAUGUCAGUUAUAAUGUGGAAUGUGAGGGGAAUUAGCAGGCCCUCCUUUAAACCAAAUGCUAAGCUCUUGAUUCAUAAUCAUUCCCCUGACCUCCUUAUUCUAGUUGAAACCCAAGUUUCGCGUCAAAACACGGGCUGCAUGAUACAAGGUCUUGGGUUCGAUUCAUCUCACCUUGUUGAGCCUACCGGUCGAGUGGGGGGUAUUCUUCUCCUUUGGAAAGCGGAGAGGAUUAAACUCCAUAUCCUUGGAGAAAAUUCCCAAGGAGUAUAUGCGCUGGUUGAGGGCAUUCAAACAGGAAUUCAAGGACAUCCAGUUCACAUUCGUGAAGCGUGAGAAGAACAAGGUUGCGGAUUUUCUUGCCCGUGACUGUAGAAGAGAUGUUAGAAAUCUAAAUGUUGUUUAGGGAUUUACC